AUUACAUUACGCUGCAUAGCUCACGGAAUACCCUAUCCAAAAAUUACCUGGUAUUUGGGUGCCACACAAAUACUUAUGUCAAAAAAGUUUAAGAUCAUGGAGCAAGGGCGUCACCUAGUUAUCGAUUCUUUGCUACUGACUGACGCUAACACGUACCGAUGUGAGGCUGUUAAUGUUGUCGGGAAGGCCUCAAGAGAAUUUGUGCUGUCCGUUAUGUACUUGCCCGUAAUAGAAGAAAGUGACAUGAAAAUAAUUCACGGUGUGGUUGGACUUGCCAUCGUUAUCCCCUGUAAGGUCAGCGGAAAUCCCCUACCCUCAGUGACCUGGCAGAAGGGAAGUGUGGUACUUGAUGCCUCUGAAAGUUACAAAAUUUUGUCUGAUGGCUCCUUAAAGAUCUUGUCUGUGAGUCAGUCAGAUAGCGGCAUAUACGUCUGCAAGGCCACGAGUGCUACUGGUUCUGCCUUUGCACAGAGGAAACUCGAGUUGACAAUUGGACCGGUGAUAGAGGAGUCAGAAAAAACAUUCCGGGUGAUAACUGGCAAGGAUCUGGUCCUCCCUUGCAAGGCUUCAGGCUCCAUUGUACCUGACAUCAAAUGGCUGAAGAAUGGUCAUCCUAUCAAAAUUGGUCCCAGUCAGCGAUUCAAUGUACUGAAGAGCGGCUGGCUUGUCAUAUCCCAUUCCAAAGCCAGUGACGUAGGCAGGUACACUUGCAUUGCACAGAACAGCGAGGGAACCGCAAGAAUUGAUAUUGAAGUCAUCAUAAAUGAACUACCAGAAAUCACCAUCGAACACAGCCAAGUCAUCGUCACGAAGGGUGACAGAGCUCGCCUUGAGUGCAAAGUUUAUGGGUCACCACGGCCCAAAUUGAAGUGGACGAGAGGGGGCGAGGAGAUAGGUGUAAAUGAAGGGGGCAAAUAUAGAUUGGAAGGCGAAUCCAGCAUUCUUGUCAUACCAGAAGUUAAGGUGCGUCGACCCCGCGGGCCGUUCAAUUCUACAAUACUUUUUUGGUCCUUCUUAAUGAUGUUGCUAUCAGCAGCAUGCAAUGCCUAA